UAAACACCCAUCUGGUGUUAGACCAAAACCAAACCGGUGUUGUUUAACACUUCUCUUAUGUGGACAUACACAGACUGCGGGCUGGUGUUUUGCAGUGUACUCCCUAAAUAUAAUUCAUCUAUUUGUUUAUUUUUCUUCUACGAAACAUUCAUCAAUGUAUAUUUAAAUUCAACAAUGAUUGGAAAUGUCAUUCAUGUCACCCCAUGCAUGGUCUAGUCUGUAAGCGGAGUCUCAAAUUUGACACUUUAACAAACUUAAUGAUUCCACGGCUAGAGUGAAGAUUAGACUCCAAUCUCAAGAUGUCUGUGUAAAUGGAUAGAAGCAACCGCAGUUAAGUUAAUCUAGUCUCACUACUUCAGACUCUGUGUUAUGCACUUUGCAAUAAUCACAUGUCUGUGUCUGUAGACUACCCACAGGUCGACCUAUGGCAUUUCCUAUACACCCCACCCUGACAUAGCAAUCAACUACUUCCCAAUAUUUGAACACGUUCCAACCAACACAUCAACAUCGUGAAUAUGGUUUCGAUAACGGAAAAUCCAAUGUUUGACUGGGACAUUCAGCUUCUGUCAUGUGUAUGUGCCAGCAAAUAGCAAGUUUACCAAACAAGGAUCGCCAUGAUGCCAUCAACUGCCACCCUUUUUCUUCUCCUGAUCGUCGUCCUGGUCGUCCUCCAAGUCGAUGGCUACGGCAGUGGGGCUCCUUUGUCGACGUGUCCUCAUGGGAAUGCCAUACACAGAUCAAAACACAGCAACUACACAGAGUUUUACUCUCCUCAGCCAGCAGAAACAAAUCCUUUCGUUUUUCGUUCUGAAUUUGACGAAUAUUCUCCGGGGAAGAGCAACAGAGUGUCAAUUUCUGGUCAGAAUGGGGAGCUAUUCCGAGGGUUUUUUCUUCAGGCUCGGAUCAUCAAUACCUCUACCCCAGUUGGAGUAUUCUCUGACCUACCAGCCCUUACCAAGAUAGUAAGUUGCUCUGGGACAUCAGAUGACUCGGUUACCCACACUAGUUCAGAUGACAAAGAGGCGCUAUCAUUCGUAUGGACCGCACCCAAUCGAUGCGUAGGAAGUAUCUCAUUUAUAGGUUCUGUAGCCCUCCAUCAUUCAACUUUCUACGUCAACAUGACGUCAUCAGCACUUGAAUGCAAUGCUGCGGCGAUUAUUCGGGUCAACUUAUACGUGCUGGUUAUUGCUUACAUUUCGACACGUCUGAUCGGUAAAGUGCAUUAGAGAUAACGAUCUUUGUUGUCCUACACUUUUCACUGAAAUUUAUCAUUUUGCAUGACUUUAGUAAUUAUGAUAUUUCACACUGUAUUGUAAAUGGGAAAUGCAAUAAAACCUCGAAAUUAUUUUCUUAUGAGCAUUUGUGACAAUGAAAGGGAGAAUACAACUUGCAAAAAUACCAAAGAUUUUAAUGAACUUUAUUAAGGAAAUGUCCAUGCACCCUGAGAUAAAUGAUAAAAUCGAAUCUAUGCAAAGCAUUAACAUAUAAUACCUCUUUGCAUUUUUAGUAAUAUUUUCAGGUAAUGAUUCUUAAUUUUUGUCACAUUUCGUCAUUUUACGUGGUGACAUGGUACUUAAUCCUUUGUAUGCACCUCUAACUAUGCACCAUUGACAUAUAACCACGGACCUUACAAAGGGUCAAUUAUACAACAUUCCUUUUGAUAUUAGGAGUGAAAGGGGAAAUUAAGUACUACAAUGGCAGGAAAUGAAACCAAAUGAUAUUAUAUUUAAUUCCUUUGUGGAAAAUGACCUUUACGUAUUAGAUGUGAAAAUGUUUGAUACAAUAAUAUGCAAUUUCUUAGCUUGGUCGCAAAAUUGAAGAAAUAAUUAUGUUAAUAUGUAAUAGAUAAGCAUUUCUUUCAACAUAAAUUUCCAAUACAUUUGUUUUAUAAUUUGAAUUUGUUAAUCGUAUGCAUUUAUUUUAUUUGCUAUCGAAAUGAUUAGUGUACUACGUACUAUUCUUGCAACAAAAAUAAUGCUCUUCAAAUGCGACCCAAUUUAUGUAUAAUCCAAAACAUGUUGAAUAUUCUCUUGCAUAUAGUAGGCCAUGUUUGCUAUGUACUACCCCCACACACCAGUCUCUUAUUAAGGAUAUGUUUAGCCAUCUCUUUGCAAUGAUUUGAGACCUUAUACUUAUGUUUGUGAAAAUCAAUUCGAGAGUAGAUUAAAAUUUCAUA